AUGGCGUCUAAGUCGUAUGACGUUGUUGUUGUUGGAGCCGGCCCCGUUGGCCUCUUCCUCGCAUGCGAACUUCGCCUCGCUGGCCUUACUGUGAUGGUCGUCGAAAAGAGAACUGGUCGUGAGGGUAUGGCGGAAACCCGUGCUUUCGUGAUGCAUGGGCGGUCGUUGGAAAUGCUUGCUGCUCGCGGGCUUCUUGAACAGUCCCUUGAGUCAGGACAGAAGUCCAAUUGGUGGCAUUACGGCGUUCUUGACACCCGACUCGACUACAGUGUCUUCGGCCCAGAGACCGAUCAGAACCAUGCCUUGCUGGUCCCACAAUAUCGGACUGAGAUGAUCUUCCUGCGCCGUGCCGAAGAACUUGGUGUGGUAAUAGUGAAAGGGGUUCGAGUUCAAUCCAUUGCAACGACAGAUCACAGUGUGACUGUCGGUGGAACUCAUGCUACCCAGCAAGCAGAAAACCAGUUUUUCACUGCCACUGGGAAAUACCUUGUCGGCGCGGACGGCGCUACGCUGGGUGUCCCAAUGCCAAAUCCAUAUCUUGUGCACAACGAGCAUGGCUUGCUCAUAGCUGCAGAUCUACAUGUACCCAGCGGCAGAGCAAGACUCAAUAUUUUCGCCCGGUCUAAGGCCACGGUUCCCGAGUCUGUUCCUGUCACGCUUGAGGAGAUGAACGAAGCUAUUCGGCAGGUAACAGGGGUCGAUUACAAACUUUCAAAUCCUUGUAUGCUGAAGCGAUUUAGCAACGAACAGAGACUGGCUACAAGAUACCAAAGUGGCAGAAUAUUCAUUGUUGGAGAUGCAUGCCAUAAGCAUCUUCCAGCGGGUGGGCAGGGACUGAAUGUUGGUCUUCAAGAAGCUCUCAAUUUAGGAUGGAAGCUAGGCGAAGUGAUCCGUGGUUCUGCUCCCAGCUCACUGCCUCACACAUAUGAAGACGAGCGACUGCCAGUUGCGAAGGCUGCCGUGGAAAAUACGACUUCACAAUCGCUUUUGUUCUUUGCCUCCACGGGCCCGGAAUGGGCCGUGAGGGCUGCGAUGGACAGACUCUUGCGCGUACCGGAAGCGAAUAAGAGUUUGGGGUUGGAGAUUAGUGGCUUCGCUGUUUCCUAUCCUAAGCCGCUGGAUAUGGUAUGCCCCGACGGAUGGGACCCACUACCCAAGGGUAUGCAGGGUAUGCGAGCUCUCCAUGUCAAAAUACAAUCACCGGACGGAGAAGUCACAAACCUCUGUGAGUAUAUGAGGCAUGCCCACUGGAUCCAGCUGCAGCUUCCUGGAAAAAAGAGGAGUCAAAACGUCAGCCCUGCGUUUGGAGACCGUACAGUUUUGGUUGAAGCUAUAGAUAUGCCGGACUUGGACGAGAGAGUAGCCUUUUAUUCGGGCGGUCUCAGAGAGAUCUUGGUGCGUCCUGAUGGGUACCUUGCAUUUGGACGGCCGGACCAGUAUGAAGAAAUACGGACCGGAUGA